UGAGAUCCUGCAGAGUGCGUGGUCGCUCAAGAGUGCAGGCUGCUGGUUCCAUCCGAGCAAAUUUCCUCAGCUCAUUAUCAGCAAAUAAAUGUCCUUUGGCUGAGUUUGUGGCUUGCAGCGGAAGUUUAAAAAGGAACAUGGCUCCAAAAAAGGCAAAGGGGGAUGCACUGAAACCGCCACCGCUGAUCGGAAGGUUCGGCACCUCACUGAAGAUUGGAAUCGUCGGCCUGCCUAAUGUUGGGAAGUCAACCUUUUUCAAUGUGCUGACAAAGAGUGAGGCUGCUGCUGAAAAUUUCCCCUUCUGCACCAUUGACCCAAAUGAAAGCAGAGUGCCCAUUCCAGAUGAACGCUAUGAUUUCCUCUGCCAAUUCCACAAACCUGCCAGCAAGGUACCAGCAUUCCUCAAUGUGGUUGACAUUGCUGGCCUGGUGAAAGGAGCCCACGUGGGCCAAGGCCUUGGAAAUGCCUUCCUGUCCCACAUCAGUGCCUGUGACGGCAUCUUCCACAUGACACGUGCUUUCGAGGAUGAGGAUAUCAUCCACGUUGAGGGGACAGUGGACCCGGUGAGAGACAUGGAGAUCAUCCACGAGGAGCUUCGGAUGAAGGAUGAGGAGAUGAUCAGCCCCAUUAUCGACAAGCUGGAGAAGACAGCCAUUAGAGGCGGUGACAAGAAACUCAAACCAGAAUAUGACAUAAUGUGCAAAAUAAAGGGCUGGGUAGUGGAUGAAAAGAAGCACGUCCGUUACUACCCCGACUGGAACGACAAGGAGAUUGAAGUUCUGAACAAAUUUUUGUUCCUGACAUCAAAGCCGAUGAUCUACCUUGUUAAUCUCUCCGAGAGAGACUACAUAAGGAGGAAGAAUAAAUGGUUGGUGAAAAUUAAGGAGUGGGUGGACAGCCACGAUCCCGGAGCCUUGGUCAUCCCCUUUAGUGGAAACCUGGAGAGCAAGCUACAGGACAUGAGUGAAGAGGAGAGACACAAGUACUGCACGGAGCAGAAGACGCAGAGCGCACUCAACAAAAUCAUCAAGACGGGCUACGCCGCCCUGCAGCUGGAGUACUUCUUCACCACCGGGCCAGAUGAGGUCCGUGCGUGGACCAUACGGAAAGGAACUAAGGCUCCGCAGGCUGCAGGGAAGAUCCACACCGACUUUGAGAAGGGCUUCAUUAUGGCUGAAGUAAUGAAAUUCCAGGAUUUUAAAGAGGAAGGCAGCGAGAGCGCUGUCAAGGCGGCUGGGAAAUACAGACAACAGGGAAGAAAUUACAUCGUUGAAGACGGAGACAUCAUCUUUUUUAAAUUUAAUGCACCAAAUGCACCAAAAAAGAAGUGACAGUUUGAUUUAUUCUGUCUUUAUUUAUUUGCAUCUUUCUUCCUUUUGGGGGGAAGAGCUGAGACACCUCUCCACUUUCCACCUUUUUGGUUGCCCACCUGUCAGUUCUCAUCCCUCUGGUGCCAAAGCACUGGUUCCGUAUGGUUCUGACAGCAAGCUAUUUAAGCCCAGGACUGGCCCCCCCACUCCAGAACCGCAGCAACAUUUGAAGAAGCGUAUUACUCUCUAGAUACUUCAUUAAUCUCCAUCACAGGUGCCAGCAGUGACACAGCUGACAGUGGGAACAAUGCCACCUGCUCCUCUCUCUGUUCUGCAGAUAAUAUGUGUUUUACAGUAGGCCAGAUGUCUACACUCAAUAAAACAUUUGACAAAACCA